AUGACAACUUUAUCAUCAAGUUUGUAUUUUACCUUCCACGCUUGGAUUUCUUCACAUUAUACUCUUGACCACCAAUCCUUACAAAAUUUAAUUCAUUAUUUAACACUCUUGCAAGAACUUCAUCGUAAGAGUUAUGAAUUUAAUACAGAAUUCUACAAUUCAAUUCAAAAACACAUUGAUGAAAUCAUAAAAUCCGAUAGUGAUCAAAGGAAUAGCGAAAUUAUUGAAUAUAAAGAUGUUCAAUUUAAUGAAUUAUUGAAAUUUGUUUUAAUUGAAAUAAAGGAUCAAGCAGAAUUUGGAGAGGAGUUGAGCAUUGAUAAGGGGAGGGAGAAGGAUAAGAGAAAAGAAGGAGUUGCCUCGUUGGAUGAUGGAAGAGUCAUUGAAUUCGACGAGGAUACAUGUUUAACCGAGAAAUCCUUGAGUUAUUCUACUUGUGCCACAUCGAAAAACUUUCCAUUAACCGUAAUGAAACGAUUUUAUCCAAAAAGGGUCUUUGAAUAUUUAAAUGGUUAUGAAGAUAAUUUUUAUAAAUUAAUACUUAAAAAACAACUUGAAAUAAUUUACGAGGUAGGAGAUAUCUCACAAAAUAUCGAAUCAUUAAGGAACUUAUUGGCAAAGGAUGACCAAUUUUCAAAAAAAGACGCAUCGUUAUUCCUGAUAAUAAUUUAUUCAACUUAUCAACUUUUAGAAAAACUGGAAAAAUUUGGUAUUAAAACAAACAUAGAUCUAAUAUAUAGUUUAGGUAUUUUCAUGAAAAAGAUUAAAUGUAUUACUUUAGAUUUGGUUAAUCAAGAGGAUUUGGUGGAUGAGCUGGAUGAGCAUUAUAAAAUUAAUUUAAUUAAAUUUUCAUUAUCUUCGCUGCUCCUCAAAGAUUGUGAUAUUCACUCACAAGACUUUAAGGAUAGGCUCAAAGAUUGUGGCAUUUCAUAUAAUGAACCUCAAGACUAUAAUGUUCAUUCUGAAAUUGGCUCUGGAGGAUUUGCUUCGGUUCAUGAUGCAUUUUGGAAAUCUACUCAAACAAAAUUUGCAAUUAAAACCUUUACCAAUAAAUCUACGAAUGAAAUGAUUUUACACGAGAUUAUUAUAAUGGGAAUGAUGAAAUUUUUUGGUUUUCAUCCUAAUAUAAUUAAUUUAUGCAGUGUCACGAAAUUGCAAGGUGAAGCAAAUCAUUCGCUUGUUCUUGAAUACGCAGACGGUGGAACAUUAGGAAAAUAUUUAAGGGACAACGCGUUGACUUUUAAAUGGGAAAGUCAAUUGAAAUUCGCUAAUGAAAUUGCAAGUGCGAUCCUGUGGUUACAUGAUAAUGGCAUUAUACAUCGAGAUCUCGAUCAGAUUUUUCGUCCUAAAGAAACAUUUGGUGUAAUACCUUAUGUGGAUCCUAAAAUUUUUGAAAAUCCUUCACAUACUUUAACCAACAAAUCUGAUAUAUAUAGCUUAGGAGUAUUAUUCUGGGAAUUAACGAGUCGUUCAUCGCCUUUUAAUUUUGAAAAGACUUCCGAUCGUACUAUUAUUUGUUCACUCAUUCUUGACGGUAUAAGACAAGAUCCUAUUAAAAAUACAAAUGGUAAUUUCGUUAAGCUUUAUCAACAAUUAUUCUAUAAUCUAUCUUAA